CUUUGAGCAUUCAACAACUACAAAGUUUGUUGGCUGCUAACAAGCGUGAUGCCGUCCGCCCAUCUCUCCCCUCCCUCCAACUCCUUGCACGCUGUCCCCACCAGCACACAUUUCAGAGCAAGUCUGCCAAGGAAAUAGUUUGAGCACGCUCGGCAGAGAGUUUAGCAGCAGAUCCCACACUCUGGAGAUGGGAGAAUUUAGUCCCACUUUUGGAAUGAGCAGUAAGUGGAUCAGUUAGAUGUGCCAAUGACCCAAUUCAUGAGUGGUAGCAACUGGGAUGGCAUUGCCUUGAUGAAGUACCAUCUGGUUGGCAUUAUCAAAAGGCAGGAUGUGUGAAUGAGCCUUGGAGAAAUACAGUAUGGCAAAAGAUGAAGUUCUAGACCUGGAAGUGGCUUAUUUGAAGAAGCUCAAGAAGUGAUGGGUAUAGCAAAGCGAUGGUGGUAGUGCCUCAGAGAACAAAAGCAAGGAGGUGAUCCACACCCACUGUCUUCUGCUGGAAGUGAAAUAAGGCAAAAGGAAGAGAUGAGAACUAUCAGCUGGAACAUGAUCCAUCGAACAUGUUAUAGGAUGAGGCUGAACAGAUCUCCUGUAGCUGGCUGCUGCUUCUUGCUCGCCUUAUCAGUGAUCACUCUUACUAGCUUCUCUCCAGCAUCCCUGAACAGAUACAAGAAGUCUAAUGCCCAGUUUCUAUCUAGGGAUGAGCCACGUGGGGCAGCUACUCGUUCCAAGCGUAUGUGGAUAAACUCUACCCCUUCCAUUGCCCAGCAAGUAUGGCGCUUCAGCGAGAGACAAUGGGCAAACCCUCUGGGAAGACAAACUCCAUCAAAUUCUGUCUGCAAACAGAAGAAGAGGUCAAACAAUCAGGAUGGGAUGAAUCACAGAGAUUUACAAGGAAGGAAGAAUAAUGGGCAGCUCAGGAAACAUAACAUUGCAUCUCAAGGCUCUGAACAGAGCCAAAGAUUCCAACAGAAAGACUACCCUUCCAGAGCGAACUACAAAAAGAAAAGAGAAUUUAGAGGUUUUAAUCUAAAGAGUGCUAGGGAAGAGAUGAGUUUCCCCCCUCACUGGAGAACUGGGAAGGAAGUGGAUUGGAAACCACAGAGUCCUGUGGUCUUCCCCUCUUCUCCUUUGAGAGAUGGAAAGCUUGGAUCUCUUCUAUUGCUUCAGAAUACAUCCGCAGGCCAGCUGACUGUACCACAGGAGCAAUGUAAAACAGAUGUGCAGACAGCUGGCGCUGAACACCAACCCUCAGAUUUGAUCAAAGCUGUUAUCUCAGGCAAGCAGCCUCUCCAGAGCAUGACAGGCGCUUGGGGACGGAUGGAUAAAUCUCACUCUCGGAGUCCACAGAGCACUCCAACUUGGAUUAGAGAUACAGAAGGGCUGCAGAAAUCAGCAUGGUGCAAAGAGCUUCAAGACUACGACCACCUUGAAAAACAGGAGGACAGACUGAGGUUUCAUGAGAAGGCGCUUCCGUGGUUUACUCUCGAUGAUGUGCGCAAGAUGAAGUUUCUGACCAAUGCUACAGUGGAAAGCAAAGAGAGAAUCCCUGCUCAUGGGCAAAUACUCAGAGUUGCCUUGUCAUCCAACCAAGAUGUCAACUGGCAUGACUCCAAAAGUCACUGUUUGGAGGGGCUCUGUGGUUUAAUCAAAAGGCCCACUGACCUCUAUGAGGUUCUGGCUUUUCACUUGGACAGAGUGUUGGGGCUACAUCGGAGCCUACCUGUGGUGGCCAGAAAAUUCAGCAGCCCCUUGCUACCUUACAAGUACACCAAUGGUGCCCCUCGACCCAUUGUAUGGUGGGUACCUGAUCUGCAACACUUGAAUGAUUCCAAUAAUGACCAGAACUCCUUUGCUCUAGGAUGGGAACAGUAUCAGCUGUUACUGAAACAACGAUGUGGCAUGGAAGGUUCUGGAACGACUCUUGGGACACCUCCGUGUUCGACUGUCCUCCAUCCAGAAUGGGCCAAACUGGCACUCUUUGAUUUUCUGCUACAGGUCCAUGACCGCCUGGAUCGAUAUUGCUGUGGCUUUCAGCCAGACUCUUCUGAGCCCUGCGUUCAGGAAAUGCUCCAUGAGAAAUGCCGAAACCCUGCAGAGUUGGUCUUGGUUCAUAUCUUGAUCCGGAAGAGCAAACCUUCUCAUUUGGUAUUUAUUGACAAUGCAGGCAGGCCUCUCCAUCCAGAAGCUAAACUUAAUUUCAGGCUUCUCCAAGGCAUAGAUGGGUUUCCCAAGACAGCUGUGACUGUGCUCAAGUCGGGAUGUUUACAAAAUCUACUUUUACAAUCACUGUAUGUUGAUAAGGAAUUCUGGGAAAACCAGGGUGGAUCCGAAGGUCUUAAGCAUUGGCUUCACACCAUUGACAGGAGAGGACAGAUCUUGCUUCAGUAUAUUCAAGACCAUAACUUGACUAUCAUUGAUGACUCCUUGCUUUAAACUUAGGCCACAAAGUUAAUGGGGUCACUUGCCUGAAAAGGUGCAUUGA